ACCCCCCACUCCUUCCUAUUAUUGCAGAUCCCCCACCCAGCCCCCUCCUCCUAUUAGAAGAUUGCAGAGAUCUCCGCCAGCAGAGGAUAUCCUUCACACAGCUGACCCCCCCACUGAUCACACACAAGAACCAAUGGAGGUGCCAAAUUAUGGAAUGAUGGGGCAGCCGGUUCAGCCGGGAUAUCCGAUGAAUACAGCAAGUCCCAUGAUGCCUCCAGGACCAAACUACCCCCCUGUUAUGAAUCCGGCCAUAGCUCCUGGGUUCUAUCCACCGAUCAACACAAACCCCCUCGUGCCUCAGAACGCCCCCUAUCCCCAGUUCUCCGGCAUACCCGGCUAUGAAGGAAUGGCAGGGGAUGGAGGUGGGAAAUUUCUUCCUCCCCCCCCGCCAGUGGUAGGACCCGGACCUGAUGCCCUCCCCACACCUUCAAACAAUGAUUGGACGAUUCCCUCGAUUAGCCAGGAGACGGCAAAACAGGCCCUUCUGGAUUACGUCAGCGGCCAGUGCUGCUAUGGCUCCUCCCCCGUGCAAGAGAUGGCCAUCCAACAAAUGAAGCCGUUCAAUACAUACAGGUAUCGCUUGGAAACCUUCACAGAGUCGCGGUCCUGUGACUGGACAACCAAACCUCUAACAAAUGAGCAGCUGGAUGGUCCAUCCAAUGGGCCAGCUCCUCAGCCCUGGGCGAUCAUCCUGGAACCUCCGGCCCUCUUCCAUGAUGAGACCAAAAAACAGCCGGUACCUCACACCUCCUCCAAGAAGGAAUGUGAAGAGUGCCAUGGAAAGGGGAAGAUCAUCUGUCAGAAGUGUAAUGGAAAUGGACGGGUAAAAUGUGAGCACUGUAAUGGGUCUGGACGCAGUGCUGGAGAAGAAUGUUCACAAUGCAGUGGAACAGGGUCAGAUGGAUGCAAAACCUGCCACCAGACGAACGUGCAGACCUGCCCCGGCUGUGCGGGAAAGGGGCAAGUGAUCUCCUACAUCGAGCUGACGGUUACAUGGAAGAACAACCUGUAUGAGUUCAUACCUGACCACCACUCAGAAUUCAACACUGACCUGUUCAAGAAGGUGACCGGCGAAAAGAUCUUCACGGAUGAGCAGCUAUUGGUACCGCCUCUGCUGAACUUCCCCGAUGCGUCCAUCAAUCAGGCGUCUCAGACGGCCGUCCAGCAGCAUUACUCGCAGUUCAUCUCCAGCUCCCGCAUACUGAAGCAGAAACAUUCCAUAGAGUGGCUGCCCCUCACCAAGGUGGAGUACAGCUGGAAGGGGAAGAACUGCAGCUACUUUGUCUACGGACGGGAGAAUCGGGUCGAGACGAAGGAUUAUCCAUCCACAUGCUGCUGCGUCAUCCUGUGAGCGCCGACCGGAUCCACCAACCUGACCGCGCUUUAUGGAAGGCGACCCCAUCCAAAGCGUGAGAUUUCAGUUCUGUCCAUCUCUAGGAUGUAAUGUUCAGGUCAG